AUGGUUGGUUCCUCACAUUUGUCCUCUUAUGAUAUGACACUGUUGAGUGGGUUCCUUGCUGUGAUAUCAGUCAAUUUGGUUAUUGCAUUUUACAUAUUAAUGGCAAUGAAAGAACCUUCAGAUAAGCAUGAGCCAGAUCCUAAAUUUCUUGCCGAUGCCCAGGCUAGUGUGAGACAAUCCAGACCAAAUGAAGCCGAGGAUUCUUCGUCAGCCCGAGAAAAAGAAGAGUAG